AUGCAAAAUGCCCAGAAAGAGCAUAAGGCAUAUAUGGACAUGCUGAAUAAUCAAUUGCCCCACCUGGCCAGUUCGAUGAAUGAGAUUUGUGGGAAUACGGAAAGGCUCCCAGCCACUGUGCACAUACCUGACAAGGGUAAUGAGAGCAAGGCGACAUUAUGGUUGGGAACAUCCUACAAGGAGCCUGAAUGGAAUGAGCCAUUGGGGGAAUCAAGCAAGACGAAGGAUAAGGGGGACAUACUGACCAAGAGGAGUGGUCCUGAUGAAACUGAACCAGUUGUUGGACCUCAAAUUAUCGAGGCCCCAAAGGAGAGUUCAAGGGAAACCACUGAAGAACCUGAAGAAGGGGUGAGGAAGGUGGAUGAAGAUGCUGCCAAGAUGGCUGAGGGUCCGGACCUCGCAUCUGAGGCAGUAGGAGAUAAGAGCCCAGCAGAACCGAUAAGAGAACCAGAGGAGGAACCUGCCAAGCCAGUAGAGAAGGAGGAAAUCGAGAAAGUGAUGGAAACGGAACCACAAGUCCCUACUGCUCCAUCUGUGGCAGAAAAGUCAACCUUGACGAAACCCGAACCGGUAAAGUGGAAGUUGGUAUUGAGGGAUGAGCUGAAGGAGAAGCAGAGGCCGAUGCGUGUAUCGAAAAGAUAUCUCGGGCAUGGGAUGGCAAAGAAGACAGGGGCAACCACUGCAUCUAAGGCAAUGGAGAUUUCGAGCGAUGAAGAUCAGGAGGAUCCUACAAAACCUGGGGAGAAUCCCGACUUGACUACUGCCCAGAAGGAAAGCCACCCAAUUACAGAAUCAGAAUCGUCUACCGCUACUAGCCAGGAAGAAGGGACUCCUACAAAACCUGGGGAGAACCUAUCUGAAGGGCCAAAAGAGGAGGUGGUCACUGAAGCCCGAGAGCGCCAGUCUACUGCCCAGGAAGAGAUACCAGCACCAGAAACCGACGUACAUGAAAAGCAAGACAAAGAGGAAAGAUACGACCAAGAAGAAAGAAAGAAGAAAGGAAAGGGGGCAGCAAAAAAGAAGAAGACCAAGAAUUCCAGGGAGGUCCUAACGGCCGUUAUCAUCAGGAAACUGGAACGAUGGCCCAAACUGAUCAGGAGCAAGGACCCCUCUAACCAUCGUCUACGGCCCAUGGAAAAGAGGAAAAUCAUGGGGACUUUUAAGAAUCAUAAGAAAAAGAGAAUGACACCUCCGAUGAUGUACCACCUGAAAUACCCAGCCAGCAGCUACACAAUGCACCACCCCGAAGAGGAGCCGAAGGAAGCAAUGACACACCCCCACACUGACCAGUUAGUUUUUCUUUUAGAUUAUCGUAAUUUUUAG